GCAUUUAAAAAAAGAAAUUUUUUACUCGUUCACAACUUUGACCGUUUCUGCUAUAUUGCCUUUCUCCAAUAUCAGAAAAGUUGAGCUAGCCUGAAUGGAGACUAGUGUAAUAUUUAUACUGAGCAUUCCAUUUUGGAACAUUUCAUUGUUGAGAAGAAUUCGAAAAUCAAGGUAAGAGAUAAGACUUAUUCCUUGACAUUCAGUAUUAAAUGCCAUCUCUUCAAGAUCAUGUCCAACUCGGAACGUCCGUUAAUUAAAGGUCCUCCACGUCCACCUCGAUCAAAUCCAUUGACAUUGUCCUACAGCCAGCCUGCCAGAUCAAGAAAUGAGGUAUCGGUAUGUGCAAGAGGUGACAGUAUCAAAGGUUAGUUUCACACCCACCUUUUGAGAUUUUACGCCAUGAUAUUGAGCUUACUAUCAUGUACAGUCGUAGAGUUUAACGGAUUGGCAACUCCACAGCCAUUUCUCGAUCCGUCGAUCAUGCAGAAAAGGGCACAAUUGGAACGAGAAUGGAAGGUAAAUCAGGAAAUGGUUGGACGAGAAAAGCCUGAGACAAGCCAGGCGGAAGCUUCUUCUACAUCUUAGUUAUUGAAGGAGAUGUGUCAAACAAACGUUGGACUCUGUGUCACGUGAUGCUACAUCCUGUCGUGUUUGGGUUCUUCAGAAUUUUCGAGUUAUAGUCUUGCCAAAUUGAUCUCGAGUGUUCAAUUAUACGUUGUGUUCGAAGCACUACUCAGGGGGAUACACGAAUCUCUACAUGAAUAGGCCAUCAUGUGAAUAGUCGUU